GUCGGGCCCGCUCGCCACAGUCUCCUCCCUCUCCCGCCGACAGCCGCACGCCCCCUCAGCCCCGAGGUGUUUGGUUCCGUCUCGGGAGGAUGGCAGCCCAGGGGCUCCCGGUCCCGGUGCCGGUCCCGGUGCCGGUGCCGGUGCCGGUGCUGCUCCUUCUGCUGGCGGCGCUGGCCCCGGCCGUCCGGGCGGAGCCCCCCGCCUGCAAGAUCCGCGUCACCUCCAAGGCCCUGGAGCUGGUGAAGCAGGAGGGGCUGCGGUUCCUGGAGCAGGAGCUCAUGCACAUCCACAUCCCGGACCUGCGCGGCGGAGACAGAAACUUCUAUUACAACAUCACUGACGUGAAGGUGGAACAGCUGCAGGUGACGGAAUCGGAGCUGAGCUUCCAGCCCCCGCGGAGCCUGGCCCUGCACAUCCACAACGCCUCCAUCCGCCUCGGCUUCCACAGGAAGCUACUCUACUGGUUCUUCUACGACGGGGGCCACGUGAACGCGUCCGCCGAGGGGGUGAACAUCCGCACGGCCCUGCACCUGGCCAGGGACCCCGAGGGGCGCAUCCGGGUGGCCAACGUCUCCUGCAAGGCCCACGUCGCCAAGAUGCACACCGGCUUCGGGGGGACGUACCGGAAGGUCUACGAGAUCCUGUCCAGCUUCAUCACGUCGGGAAUGCGUUUCCUCCUCAACCAGCAGAUCUGCCCGGCGCUCCACCACGCGGGCAUGGUCUUGCUCAACUCCAUGCUGGAAACCAUCCCCGUUCGCGGCGCCGUGGACGACCACGUGGGGAUCGAUUAUUCCCUGCUGCGGGAUCCCGUGUGCUCCAACCGCAACCUGGACAUGGAUUUCCGGGGAGCCUUCUUCCCCUUGACGCGGGGCAACGGCAGCCUGGAGAACCGGGCGGCGAGCCCGCGGGUGGAGGAGGAGAACCGCAUGGUUUACGUCGCCUUCUCCGAGUUCUUCUUCGACUCCGCCAUGGACAGCUACUUCCGGGCCGGGACGCUGGCGCUGGAGCUGAAGGGGGCCGAGAUCCCCAAGGACGUGGAUGUGAUGCUGAGAGCCUUUUUCUUUGGUGCCAUUAUCUUACUGGGCCCCGCCGCGGUGGACGCCCCCCUGCAGCUGGGCCUGCGGGCCCUGCUGCCCCCGCGCUGCACCAUCAAGCCCUCGGGCACCACCGUGUCGGUGACGGCCGGCCUCACCGUGGCCCUGGCGCCUCCGGGCCGGCCCGCCGUCCAGCUGUCCGGCCUGACCCUGGAUGCCCGGCUCAACGCCAAGAUGGCCCUCCGAGGCAAGACGCUCCACACCAAGUUGGAUCUGCGCAGGUUCCGCAUCUACUCAAACCAGUCGGCGCUGGAGGCCUUGGCGCUGUUACCCCUGCAGACGCCCCUGAGGUCCAUCCUGCAGAUCGUAGUGAUGCCGCUGCUGCACGCCCGGACCCGGAGAGGAGUGCGGAUUCCCCUGCCGGAGGGCGUCGAUUUUGUCCGGGAAGUGGUGACCAACCACGCGGGCUUCCUGACCAUCGGGGCGGACCUGCAGUUCUCCAAGGGGCUGCGGGAAGUGAUCGAGGCGAACCGCCGGCCGCCCGGCCCGGCCGCCGGCCCCUCCUCUCCUCCGCCCGGCCCCCCUCCCGCCGCGGCCGCUCUAACCGCGGCCCCCCAAUAAAGGCUCCCC